AUGGUUACGCCUGGAAUUCUUCAGCGUCGUCUUAACAAACCGACCUUGACGACUGAAGCCAAGUUCUGGCCAGGUGGCAUUCCUUCUUUCAUCGAGUCUCCAACAGAGAACUUUAAUAUCGAGCCUUACGAUUUCCCUCCGAUCGUGAAGGGCUGGCAUCGCUUUGUUCGGGAAAAUUGGGUCUCGAGUGACGAUGAAACGGAUGACUCCAAGGCUCAACAACGUCGAUCCCUGAUUGAAACCUGGGUCACUGCCCAGCAAGAUUUCCGAGAUGUAUGUUCUAUGAUUCCCUAUAUAUAA